AUGGCGGACGCAGAUCAGAAGCACCAGGCCUACCAUCAUGAGCACGGCAAUAGCCAUACCCAUGGCCACGAGCAUGGCGGAUCACACUUCCAACAGUCGCCCCGUCCAAACGACGAGGCUUUCACGGAAGCGAAUCGCACGCAUUGGAAUAAAUCCGCCGCAUCGUACACAGCAGAGCAAUGGCAGAAGGACUUCCUCAACAAGAUCACCGCAUUUAUCCAGCAGCACAUCGACUGGAUCGGUGUGGACUUUGUCGACCCGUCCACCGUCUUCGAGACGAAAGCGGGACUAGAGACUGACAGUCACGCGGCCAAACAAGUGCGCGUGCUUGAUUACGCCUGCGGACCGGGCAGUGUGACGCAUGCCCUGGGCGCCCGGGCAACCGAGUAUAUCGGCAUCGAUCUGAGCGAGAACAUGGUGCAAGCGUACAACCUGCGCUUCGCAGUACCAGCACCCGCUUCUCAGAUCAAUUCCGCCGCAGCACCCAGCUCGAGACAAGGACCGGACUCAGGGCCAGUGUUGCCGGAUCUAGAGCCAGAGCCAGAGCCAGAGCCAGAGCCAGAGCUCGAACCCGAGUCGUUCAACGCGCACGCAGUGGUCGGCAACCUCCUUGUACCGUCUGACCCGGCUCCGUCGAACCUGUCGUCUCCGGAGUUCUACAACUUUGAUAUUGUCGUGGUCGGGUUAGGGUUCCACCAUUUCUCGGAUAUUCCUCUCGCCACGCGACGGCUGGUCGAACGUCUGCGGCCCGGUGGGGUGUUCCUGAUCAUUGACUUCGUCACGCAUGCCAUGGAGAAUCCAGAUGCGAAUCCGGCCGUCAACACUGUCGCGCACCAUGGGUUCAGCGAGCAGGACUUGCGGCGGUACUUUGAGGAAGCGGGGCUUUCGGAGUUCGGAAUCGUCAGGAUGGGCGAAGAGGUGUUGCUUCGCGGGACGAUGAAGAGAGAGCCAUUUAUGGCUAGAGGAAGCAAGAUUCGUAUAGGCUGA